CUUUCGAGAAAACCAAGCCAUUCAUCUCAUACCCCAAAGGCUUUUUUCUAAAGAAAAUUUUGGAUUGUUCAUCACUGAUACAAUCGAAAUGGGAUCAUCUACGGGACAGAGUAGUGGAAACUAUGAUCUUUCGUUCAAGAUCUUGUUGAUCGGAGACUCGGCUGUGGGCAAAAGUAGUUUGCUCGUUAGCUUCAUUUCAGCUGCUUCAGAUGAUUUAGCUCCCACCAUUGGUGUGGAUUUUAAGAUCAAGUUGUUAACCGUUGGUGGCAAGAGGUUAAAGCUUACUAUUUGGGAUACUGCUGGACAGGAAAGGUUCCGAACAUUAACAAGCUCAUAUUAUAGAGGCGCCCAAGGCAUCAUACUCGUUUAUGAUGUAACACGGGGAGAAACGUUCACAAAUUUGUCCGACAUUUGGGCCAAAGAAGUGGAGCUCUAUGCUACUAAUCAAGACUGUGUUAAGAUGCUCGUCGGAAAUAAAGUCGAUCGAGAUUCCGAGAGGGCCGUAAGUAGAGAAGAAGGGAUGGCGCUUGCAGAGGAGCUUGGAUGUACGUUCAUUGAAUGCAGCGCUAAAACAAGAGAAAACGUUGGUCAAUGCUUUCAAGAGCUUGCACUUAAGAUAAUGGAAGUUCCUAGUCUUUUGGAAGAAGGGUACACCGUUGGAAAAAGAAACAUCUUAAAGCAAGAGUACCAGUCGCCUCCUGCCGGUGGCUGUUGUUCUUAAAUUACAGCAAUACAGAGGCUUCAACAUUCAAGGAUGACUUAUUACAUAUAUAUACCCCAGGCAGCCAUGUUUAUGGCUUUUCAAGCUUUCACCUUUGACAGAUUGUGAAGAGAUCAUGCAUGUAUUAUAUAUAUAUAAAUUUCUAUCCCUGUUAAUUAUAUAUU